GAAAAGUCCAUUGUUGUUGUUGCGAAGUUUUUAAUCUGGGGAAAGAACAUCACAUGCCUGACCGUUGGAGCGAGUGGUUGCGCCCAACACACAAAUAACCCUCAAAUUCAAUGAUCGGACUCUCAAUCUCAGGUUUCUUACUUGCUUCCAAUCAAAUAUAUAUGUUUUACGCAUUACAAAAACCGUGCCUCAUGGUAAACUCAAGAAUUUGGAAAAGAGAGAGCGAGGAAGAUAAACCGGAUUUCCAACGGGAUAGUUUUUUCCGACGAAGGCAAGUGCGUCAACCUCAGUCAGUGAUUUAUAGCCCAAAUAUGACGUGCGUUUACAGCCAGCGGUCUCUGAUGGUCCUCUCUUUAUUAGGGAUCCUAUCUGGAAUUAUGUCUAUGCUAUCGGUCAUUCAGAUUUUCCAGCUACAAACACAACAGAUUGCUGUGAAGGAAUCUCCCCCUACCAUCUCCAUCGUGCCCACUAACAUUUGGGCUGUGAUGAUGCCGGUGUCUACAGUGCUCUCUGGCCUGUCUCUAACGCUCAAUUUAAGCUCUGUCGUGGUCUGCCUUCUGCAAAGUUAUUUUACAACCGAGAUAUGCAGAGGAGAAGAUACUGAAAGAGCAGACUGGUUCCUAUUGGAUACGAGAGGUGUGCGACAUGUGGCCAUUGGAUUAUUUUGCCUUGGGGUUUCCGUAUACUUGGCAGCUAUGUCAAUCUACAUGCUGCUGGUGUUUGAGGUAGAGACGGGCAUCGCCAGUGCAUGUGUCCUGGCCUCGGGCAUCCUGAUUCUGCUGGUGAUCGUUGUUCACUCGCUGGUCAAAUCUGCCCAAGCCGCCCAACACUACUGUGGCGAGGAGCACACGGACACUCUGUACCGGAACCGGAACGGAGGGGACAGCGCGCCCGCAGCCAACCACGCCGAACCCCGAGACGUGGACAAACCAAGAAGGCAUCGCAACAACUCCCAAAUUCACCGGCAACUGUACUACCCUCCCUGCGCUGACCCACAGAAGCACCACCAGCCCCCAACAUCCCACUGCCCGCAGGGCCAUGGGAGCGACCAGGAGGGCUACAGCCGUGCCGGGGACGGAGGUGGCUCUAGGAUGCACAGGACCCUUUUGACAGAGUCGGGACGGCUGCAGUGUCCGUCUAAGCCCUGGAACGGUAUCAACAAUGAAAUGAGGAGUGUAAUGGCCCGCAAAUCAGGCACUCCCUGUAAAGACUCAACCCUGGUGUAACAAGACCAGUACAUUCUAACCCAACCAUCUAUAAUCUCAAAUAUACAUUAUAGAUAGAAUAUUUCGGCAGCUAUCCAGGUGGCAUGUCAGUUUAAUAAGCCUUUCUUAACAAAUCUCUCCCUUAUUGUCUUAAUAGUCAUACACACCAGCCGUGUUCAAUUUAAUCACUAUAAAACACGCUGUGGUAUUUCCACAUAAUGGUAUUCCAACUGAAAGUUUGAGUGUAUUGCUAAAAUGUUAGUGAAAGUAUAGCGACAGCUAAUGUCAUUAUUGCUACAUUAAGCUGUACCUUCCUUCUCAAAAGUAUUAUGCGAAGAACAAGCAUGAUCAAAGAAUUACCCAAACAGUAAAUUACACAAUGUGUAGAGACAUUUGGUAGUGUCUAGUCUGGAUACUGUAAAAAAAAAAAAAUAAAAUGAUGACAACUUACAAAUAACAAAAUUUCAAACCACGGUGAGUAAGUUGGAACAGUUGAAGUCAACCCGUAAUAGCACAUUAAGGUUAAUUCUAAUGAUGCCGAAUGAAAUACUAACCUUGGACAGUGUCUUCCAGAGAUCAGGGCGAAGGUGAUGAGGGAUGGGAGGGUGGUGUAGAAGAGGGAAUGGGAGAAGGGGCUGAUUCACUUGAGCUGCAUGCAUUUGCGGGGGGAAUAAGUAAGAAAACAAAAUGGAGGAAAACAUAAAAAUGGUGGCAAAUAAUAACAAAGAAAAUUAGAUUUAAGGAAUGAUGAUGAUUGUAAAAAAAAAAAAAAAAAAAAAAAAAA